AUCAGCUGUGUCCAAUCACAGCUGAUCACAUAGGAGAGCCGGUAGUCAGCUUUCCGCGGAGGGGACAUGUACACUUAUCAGGGCACUGAUGAUCAGUGUAGCCCCAACAGCGCCACCUGUCAGUGCCCAUCAGUGCCUACCAGUGCCCAUCAAUGCCACAUAUCAGUGCCCAUCUGAGCUGCCUUUCAGUGUCACCCAUUAGUGUCCAGUCAGUGCCACCUAUCAAUGCCAAUCAGUGCCAGUCAGUGCCGCCUAACAGUGAUUCCUAUCAGUGCCAUGUAUCAGUGCUGCCUUUCAGUGUCCAUCAGUGAUGCCU